CUCAAUCCUCACUCAUUCAGCAAACUCAACUGAGUAACAGGGAACUUGCCUCCAUCUCAAAAGAAGCCAAACAACCCACAGCCUCCAUCACUCCAACAACAGAAUUUACACAGAGAGAGCUUUUGAGUCAGGACUUAAAAGUAGAAGAAAAAGUUUUAUUUGAAGAACUCAAAGAACAAAUCCACAAUGGUGUCUGCUGGCUUCCAAAUGCUGGGCUCGGCCCUGGGGAUCAUCGGAUGGAUUGGUGCCAUCAUCGUGUGCGCCCUUCCCAUGUGGAAGGUCACAGCUUUCAUCGGCAGCAACAUCGUCACCUCGCAGACCUCCUGGGAAGGCAUCUGGAUGAGCUGCGUGGUCCAGAGCACCGGCCAAAUGCAGUGUAAGGUCUACGACUCCAUGCUGGCCCUCAGCUCGGACCUCCAGGCUGCCCGGGCCCUGGUCGUCAUCUCCAUUGUGGUGGGCAUCAUGGCCAUCUUGCUGUCCGUCGCUGGGGGAAAGUGCACCAACUGUGUGGAGGAUCCGUCGUCAAAGGUCAAGGUGGGCAUCGCUGCUGGAGUUGUGUUCAUCGUGGCCGGGGUCCUCUGCCUCAUCCCUGUCUGCUGGACGGCCCACAACAUCGUCCGGGACUUCCGCAACCCACUCGUGAUCAGCGCCCAGAAGAGAGACGGUAUAGGCAUGGCUUCUCAGGGCCUCCAGAUCAUGGGCGUGCUGCUGGCCUUCAUCGGCUGGCUGGGCACCAUCAUCACCUGCGCUCUGCCCAUGUGGAGAGUCACCGCUUUCGUCGGGGCGAACAUCGUCACCGCCCAGGUGAUCUGGGAAGGUUUGUGGAUGAACUGCGUGGUGCAGAGCACGGGGCAGAUGCAGUGCAAAGUGUACGACUCCAUGCUGGCUCUGCCUCAGGACCUACAAGCCGCCAGGGCCAUGGUGAUCAUCUCUGUGAUCGUUGGCGUGUUCGGAGUCCUCAUGGCCAUCGUGGGAGGAAAGUGCACCAACUGCAUGGAGGACGAAGUGGCCAAAGCCAAAGCCUGCAUCGUGUCUGGAGUGAUUUUCAUAAUAGCAGCCCUGCUCAUCAUGAUUCCAGUGUCGUGGUCCGCUCACGCAGUCAUCAGGGACUUUUAUAACCCCCUUCUGGUUGCGGCUCAAAGAAGGGAGCUCGGAGCUGCUCUUUACAUCGGCUGGGGCUCCACUGGGCUGCUGCUGCUGGGAGGAGGCCUGCUCUGCAACAACUGUCCCCCGAAGGACGGCAGACCCUACAUGCCUGCCAAGUUCGUCCCUGCUAGAACCAUAUCUUCAAAUGUGGACUAUGUGUGAGUGUUUUAGCUACAGUGGCUUUCUUUUUUAUUAUGAAUCCAUUUUGCUCUAAAAUGUUCUUGCAGAGACUGAAGAAAACAAGAAGAAAGAAAAUUACAUUUCAUUUCAAUGUAUUCUUGUUUGAUUGAGAGGAAUUUCUCCACUAAUUUUUUAAAUUUCAAUCCAUUUUUUUAGCAUAUUUUAGUGCACUGAAAACAUAAUGCAUUUAAAUGAUUUUGUGGGGUGUAAACUUUGAAUAGCCAGUAGUUCUACUCCUUGAAUGGAGCAAUGUGAUGCAUUCGAAUAAUGAACAACUGAACAAAUUUAUAAUUAAAAUUCCCUUUUGCAACUGUUGCAUACGUUGCUGCUUAGAGAAACUGUGACAAUCUAAUCGACUGCUUAUUUGAGAAUGCUUUUGAAAUCAUUAUUUUUUUAUAUUCACCUGUAUAAGAAUGUAAUGGAGACUGUGGGACUUCUAAAUGUCAUUCAAAUGCUAGAAAUAAAGCUUCUUUGUUCACACUA